CCCGCCAAAUCAGCUCGGCACCUGGUCAAUUUUGAGAGACUUCUGCGACCAGAAAGGAUUGGGUGAUGAUAUCAUGAAGAAAGCUUUCAAUAUUGGAAAAGAUAUUAUUAAGACCGGACCUGAAGCGAGCUUAUCAGCUGUUCCUAUUGCCAAAUUUGGCAGCAUUCGGACAGCGGAUAGAUCAGAAAUCGAAGAUUUUCAUCGCAUUUCUGAAAAAAUCAAAAAGUAUCUCCAGAGCGCAGAGAACUAUUAUACCAUCUCUAAGGAGGGAGAUGCUGAUCUUAAUCCAGCACUCAUUCAGCCACUAUCGAUUGCUGUUUUUGGAGCCCCCGGCUCGGGAAAAUCGUUUGUUGUGAAGCAGAUCCUUGAAAAGGUUACUGAAAAGAUGACAACUCCUAAGAAGCUUACAAAAUAUCCAGUCCUGGAGUACAACCUUUCGCAAUUUAUUGACAUCACUAAUCUUCAGUUUGCUUUUCAGGAAGCUCGGGAUGCAACAGUGUCGGGUCGAAUUCCUCUUGUUAUAUUUGAUGAAUUUGAUACCACUUUGAAUGGGGAACUGGGAUGGUUGAAGUUUUUUCUAGCUCCUAUGCAGGACGGACAGUUCUUUGACCAAGGAAAAUACAGGCCUAUCGGCCACGCUGUUUUCAUCUUCAUUGGCGGCACCAGGUCAACAUUUGCUAAAUUCCAGGACGACAAGAUUCAGCUGGUCAACGUUGCAACCGUCGAUUCCGAGCCAGUCACAAACAAUGGAAAGUUUACCAACCAGUUUCAGGAUACUUCUUGGCGACGAGACAGCUUCUCUGAGUACUAUGAAGCCAAGCACGAACGUGCUGAGAGGGCUGUCAAAAAGCCAGAUUUUGUGACCAGGUUGCAGGAUCAUUUGGAUAUUCGGGGCUACCAGAUGCCGUCUAAAAAGGACUCUGAUCCUAAAUUUCUCAUUCGACGGGCAAUCCUCAUCAGGAAUAAAUUAGAGCAAUUGUCCAAAUCAGGGAGAAGAACAAUUACUCUUGAUGAUGCUGCAAUUGGAUUCCUGCUGAAGGAUGAGAUAUUUACACACGGGGCCCGAACACUUGACAAUAAGUUCAAAAAUGGAAAAAUUCUGAAUGACAAGCUCUCCAUUGAUCUGAACUCUUCAGAAUCAUCAGACGAAGGUAGUCGUUCCUCCGGGAACAAUGGCUCUCCAGACCAUGAACGGGGGCCUUCUCCUACCUCGGGAUCCCGGACGAAUAGAAGUCCCUCUGAAAGGGAAAUGCAGCAAAAUGGAUCGCUUCCUGGGUCAAUGGUCCCAGCACCACAAGACAGAAUCAUGGGAUGGGUUCGUGUUUGUUUCGAUGAUCUUAGGCAAGGCUCCAAUCAAAACUCUUCCCAGGCAGGAAUAUCAUCUUCCUUGCCUUCGCCAGCUCAGGAUUCGUCUUCGGCAAAUGGAAGUUCAUGACACAAGUUUUGAAAUAUGGAAAAGUAUUUUUACUGCUUAUAUUUGUCAAAUACUGAGAAAGUUACAAAUUGUGAAAGGUUGAAUAUCUAGGAUUAAUAUUCUAAUCAACAGGGGUUGGC